UACUUAAGCAGCUAACUGUGCUUUUUGUUGAUAAAUAUAAUUUUUUAUUUUCUAUUAAAAGACAAAAACUGGAGCUCCCAUUGUGUUUCCAGUUAAAUUACUUACACUUUAUCGCCUGUUUGUCUUUGAUAUUUUCAUUCCUUUCCGCCUUUUCAUUUUUUUAAAAUGGAGGACCAUCCUGGUGUCACAGGACCCAGAAUCCUUUGCUGCGGCCCUGUCGGGCUCGUGCCUGUUAUUUGGGGUCCGGUCACCCCCAGCCCGCCUGUCGAGGACAGAGAUCUGACAGCUGGCGCCCCCGUGCAGGAAACAACCGGCUCCGUGCGGAAUGACGGCUGAACACAACAUCCCUUUCCAGUCGUGGCCCACAGCACUGCACAACAGGCCCACCUCCUCCCCUCUCCUCCUCCUCUCUCCUCCCGCCUCCCCCUGUCUCCCUGCCUCCGAACAAAACCGACGCUUUCCGCGAAUGUGCGAGCUGCCUCCUCACAAGCAGCCAUAAUUGGGAUUAUUCAGGAAUAAUUCGCCUGAUCCCGCCGUGCUGUUUUUGUUUUAUUUUUUUUUUUAAUUUUCUUUAUUUUCUUUCUUUCAGCGUGGCUUCAAUCGCGAGGAGGAGAAGGAGGGGGGGAAUCCUCAUUUUUAUCAGCGGAAUUUAUUUUUAUGGAGGUUUUUUUCUUCUCUCUCUCCUCUCCCCCGGUCUGUCAUGGAGGGCUUUCACUGAGGACCGUUAAGAUGUAGUCCACCUUCGCAGGACAGCCAAAACAAAGACUGCAGAUUGACAGUUCGGGGUACAGGCCCUGCGAUUUUUUCGCCCCGUCCCUCUUGUUUUAUGUUUUUAAACCGAAAGAUGGGGAAUAGAGUCGUAUCGAGGUUGUCGUCUGUGUGGACUAAUUGUCCUGCUGCCACUGGCCAAUAUACACGCCAAGACGAUCCAUUUAGGGGAUGCGCGAUCUUUUUUUCCUGUGGGUGGGUUAUUGUAAAGCAUUGAAAAUCUGACAUCAUUUUGGAUUUAUGAUCCGAGGAACCAAAAAAAGGGAGGAAAAAAAGGUGUUUUUUUGAUUUCUCGCCCUCUGGAGCCUCAUCUUCGACACAAAAGCUGUUUUUCUCGGAUGAUAUUCAAAUGGACACAUCCCUCUCUGUGAGGCUGUGAAAGGGUGGCGGUGGAUGUGUGUGUGUUUUGUAUUUUUUGGGUAAGACAUAUCUCUCAUCAGCAUCACAGCCUCUGAUCACGGAUCGUUUGAUCAGCUGUUGAUUAUUUGACAGUCUCAUGUUUGCUCCAUGUUCCUCGAUUCGGUUACUUUUUUUGCGGUGGAUUGAUGCAUAACAGGUGUUGUUUCCGCCUGAGAGCACCUCCAGGAGCAUGAAUCUUUAUUAUGUGUUUUCCUGUCGAUUUGAUGAACAGUGCAACCAAGCGACUGGGCUCUCACCCUCUUCUGUCUUUGUUUUUAACGGAAGACACACAAAAAAUGAGGGAAUGAAAGGUGGUGAGGCUUCAGACAAAGAGGAAAGAUGAUUCUGUCGUGUAGAAAAGAUCCUUAAGGCCUCUCCUUGUGAAGACGAGAGAGCUGUUGGCGACGACGGCUGUAGGAGGAUCGUUACUGUUGAUAAAGGGCCCAGAUCAGGCAGGCUCUUGUUGAAGGUAAUAGAAUGACUAACCAGAGCUUCGCCAUUGAUGGCCCUGGCGGUUUGGUGGCGAUGGCGGCUUUCCAUGGUGGAAUAGGAACAAGAAGCAGCAGCAGUGAUAACAGCAGCAGCACAGGAAUCUCCUCCACUGAUUUGUCUGCCUACUUCAAACUGAUCUUUUUGGGGCUGAUCAUUUGCGUCAGCCUUGUAGGGAACCUCUUAAUCUCCAUGCUGGUGCUGCGAGACAGGACACUCCACAAGGCUCCAUAUUUCUUUCUUCUGGACCUGUGCCUGGCCGAUGCAGUUCGGUCUGCUGCCUGCUUCCCCUUCGUGCUGGUCUCCGUCCACAACAGCUCUGCCUGGACUUACAGUGCCCUGAGUUGUAAGGUCGUGGCGUUCAUGGCUGUGCUCUUUUGUUUUCACGCGGCCUUUAUGCUGUUCUGUGUGGCUGUCACUCGCUACCUUGCCAUCGCCCAUCACCGUUUCUACGCCAAACGCAUGACCAUCUGGACCUGCGCCGCCAUCAUUUGCAUGGUGUGGACCCUGGCGGUGGCCAUGGCCUUCCCACCUGUCUUCGACGUGGGGACCUACAAGUUCAUCAGUGACGAAGACCAGUGCAUUUUCGAACAUCGCUACCUGAAGAACAACGACACCCUGGGAUUCAUGCUCAUGCUUGCUGUUGUGGUUCUGGCCACCCACGGCUUCUACGCCAAGCUGCUGUUGUUUGAAUACAGACACCGCAAGAUGAAACCUGUCCAGCUAGUGCCAGCUAUUAGCCAAAACUGGACCUUCCACGGUCCUGGGGCCACGGGGCAAGCUGCGGCCAACUGGAUUGCAGGGUUCGGUCGUGGCCCCAUGCCACCCACUCUGCUGGGCAUCAGGCAAAAUUUACACAAUCAGCACCGGCGGCUGCUUGGGAUGGAGGAAGUGAGGUCAGAGAGGAGGCUGGGCAGGAUGUUCUACACCAUCACCUUGCUUUUCCUGGUCCUCUGGGCACCCUACAUCGUGGCGUGCUUCUGGAGGGUCUUUGUCCAGUCAUGCACCAUCCCCCACAGGUACCUUUCCAUCACAGUGUGGAUGAGCUUUGCCCAAGCUGGAGUCAACCCCAUCUUUUGCCUCUUGCUCAACGAGGACCUGAGGAAAGUGCUGAGAGCUCACUUGCCUACCUACUGGAGGACUAAACAACACCUACCCCAAGAUGAGGCCUACUGCAUAAUGUGAGAACAAGCAAGGUGAACAAAGGGGGAAGCUCUUAAGUUUUAAGAUAAAUUUAGAGAGCCGUUAUAUUGUAAAGCUGUUGGUUUAAUGUCCAGUUUUGUUGUUUUGCACAACAAAGUCCAGUUUUCCUUCAAUGCCGGCACAGUGCCAAGCUUUGGAGAACGACAUUUGAAUAAAUGUGUGCUGCACAGGUUUGGAAAGGGCAAUAAAAAGAAGAACCUUUGUAACUCUUUGAGCGUAUAUAUUUCUGAUGUUGUACUGUUUCAUUACUUGUUUGGAACAAUUCAACAACCACCACUCCGACAAAGUGUGACACAUGCCAUUCUGAAAUAACGUUGCCUUAUUUAUGACGGACACGCCCGAGAGCUUUCACCUGAGAACUAGUUUGUGCCGCACGCGCGGGCACCGCAAAAACCCAAACCUUUGAAGAAAUGUGCAGUGGAUUGUGACUGUAGGGGGGGUGUCAAUCUGAUCGGAGGGGCGAUUGCUCCGAAACACAUCAAAGAACUCAAACGGAAAGGGGCGAUCAGACCACCUUGGACGCCUUUUCAUGUAAUUCAAGGAAGACUGAUGAAUAUUAAACAGACCCAAUACAUUUGGAUACAUUUAAAUAGCUGUUGUAAACCCAAAAAACCCUUACAUGCUUGUUUUUUUGUUUCCUUUUAUAGGACUUGAUUUAGGGCGUGUCAGGUUUCUUUGUAUCAUGAAAAAAAUGCCUGUUUUUGCUUUAUUUGUAAAGGAAACAUGUUAAGCAGAUGACACUAUUUUGAGAUAUGGCUUGAUUUCAUAUUGUAUAGACUGUACAGGAAUGCACAUUCCUAAUUGUGUGUUUUUAUAUGACAUUUCUGUGUAUGUGUGAGGGGAAAACGUGUAGAGACAAGACAGAGAGGGGGAAGCAGAAAAAGACUGACAGACAUGAUGAUAACACAGGCUCCAGUCACACUGGGUCCCAAUGAAAGUAGCCUACUUUAUGUUGUCGAAAAAAUCAUGCAAAAAUCAGCAACUAUGAUUUGGAAAAUUAUCAUUUCUCCAAAUUGGAUAUGUGAUGUGAUUUUUUUUCUUUUUUUGAAAAAGCUUUGUGCAAGUAAAUGUGAAACACAAGGAUAAUGAGAUGGAGACUGAUGGAUUGUAACACUUGUAUAUCGCAAACAGAAAAAUGGGAUUUAAUGACUUGAAUAAUGAUGUAUGUAUAUGACAUCAUUUAAAAAAAAUGAGCAAAAUGUAUGUGUAUUUGCAAAUGAUGGCCCUGGGAAUGUUUUAAAGUACUGUACUGUUAUUGUAUAUGACUAAAAGGGGAAGUGGCACUAACUUUGAAGGAAACAGGAGCAUCUCACUUUUCCUCCUCAGUAUAAAUGUCACAAUUUAAGCGUCUGGAUCAAAUCUGAACUACUGCAGGCCAGUGUGUGAAAACGGGCUGAGGUUACACCCAAAUUACAAUUCAUGUAACGCAAAUGUUUGACCGCCAGGACCUUUUUUGGCAUAGAUAUAUAUGUGCAGUCAAUUUUCUUAAUGUGGACACUUGCACAGCAUACUGUACUAGCAUGCAUUCCACUGCGGUUCAUAGAUUCAGGACUGGUCAUUGCAGCUUGUACAAAUGUUGGCGUGGACGAAGAAUUGAGAAAAAAGCAAGAAGUGGCCCAUAAUUUUUACAUCUAGCAUUCCUUGGCGAGAUGAUAUUCUGUAACUGUACAGUUUAACUGAGGAGGUUCUUUUGCCCUCUCAUCAAUAAAGACUCUACUUUUGAUGAAUUCUUAA